UUUUACGAACUAUGGGAACGUCAAUUCAGUUACUCCUCGCGAUUUGCCGUAGACGGAGUUUGUUGUCAAACAUGGCGUCCUCGGAUGUCCACGUCCGAAUAUGCGAGCAAGAAAUCAUCAAAUAUGACUUGGAAAUAAAAGCCCUCGUGCAGGAUGUCAAUGAGUGUAUAGGACCACACGUCAAGCUGACAGAGUUGAAUGCCAAAGUGAAAGCAAAAUUCAACAACCUUAGGCUACGGAUUCAGGACCUAGAUCAGAUGGGGAGGGAGCAGGACAAGGAGUCAGACAAGUUGGCGCUACUCAGUGAGGUGGACAGACACCGCAAGCAGAUGGUCAGUAACCAGACAGCAUGGAGGAAGGCCAACCUGGCCAGUAAACUGUCACUAGACAACCUGGAGAAGGAAUCUCUUCUCUAUGGAGGAGAUAGUGAAUUUAGACAUAGAAAGGUGACCAAAGAGGGGCUGGCCCAGUCAUCCAGUGACAUCACUGAGAGCCUGAUGAGCAUCAGCCGGAUGAUGUCACAGCAGGUGACGCAGAGCGAGGAAACCAUGACCACGCUGGCAACCUCGUCUCAGGCGGUCCUGGAGACCAACGAUGAGUUUAAGGCCAUGACCGGAACCAUCCAGCUGGGGAGAAAGCUCAUCACUAAGUACAACCGCAGGGAGCUCACUGACAAACUGCUCAUCUUCCUCGCUCUCGCACUCUUCCUCGCCACGGUCUUCUACAUCCUCAAGAAGAGAUUCUUCUUCUUCCUCUAGACCAGACACAACUAACUUAAACUAUGUAGCUUUUAGAGCAACUUUGAUUAGAGUAACUAUGAUCAUAUAAGCUCGUUUACGACAAGUGAGUCAUGUGACAUGAGUAAUGGCAGAUGAAUAUACUGCUUAUUUAUCAUUCCUACCUGCCACAGGUGGACACAUGUAAUUCCAUAUCAACAUUUAAAGUCUUGUGCGCACACACAGUAGUAAUGGCUUCCGGGAUAAGCCUAUUUUAAACACUAUGCGUCUGUCAUGGAAGGAAAUAUCAGACUGCCAUCAGCUGUUGCAAUCCUUAUAGGGAAGUUUGAUGGUUAAUGUAACCACUUGUUAUGAUUAUCAUGUUAAUGUAUUAUUCCAUUGCAGGAAGUUAAAGCUGUUGUCCAAUUAUUUAUAUCCUGCUCUGAAAGAGAAAUAAAUGGAUAUUACCAGUAGCCUUAUUUAAUAGAGAUUCCAUUUACGCCGGAGUAUUAUUUUCAAGUAUAGGGGUUCAUGUCAAUGUGUAACACAUUCUCUGUAAUGUAAUCAGUUUUCGAAGAGAUUAUCACAAUAAAAUGUUGACAUUAUGAAA